UGUUCCGAUUGCAUUGUUCUCCCAGCGAGCACCAUGACACACUUUUAUGAUCUUUACACGGAAAAGAGUUCCAAUGGCGGGAAAGAAAUAGAAAGAAAACAUAAACUGGCCAGAAAUAGAUGCAUUUUAUUAAUUGUUGAUGUUGAUUGUUAAUAUGAUAUAUUCAGACAAGCCAGAUCCCGAUGGCGUUGGUGAUUUUAUUACUGACCAGUCAGAAGAGGCUGACAAUCAUGUUUUCUGUCGGCCGUCAAGUGAUUAUCAAGAACACAACGAUCGCUUCAAAUUAAAAGGCCGAUCGUUUAGUCGACAGUAUGCGCAUUUAUAUUCAGAAAGACUGAUGAGUAUGAGACCGAAAUUAUCUAAGGCUGCACAAGAUAAAUGGGGUUUAGAUGUUCCAAUUAGAAAAUUACAUGAACUAGUACAAGGUGAAAAAUGUAUUGUUAUUGGUACACUGUUUAAACAUAUGGAACUUAAACCAAGUAUACUCAAGGAGGUCAGCGAAGAGCAUAAUUUGAUGCCUCAACCAAUUCUAUCAAAAUACACUGAAGAAAAUGACAUACUCAUUUUAGAAGAUGAACUUCAAAGAAUAUUUCUAAUUGGAGAUAUAAAAACAUCAACAUCUGUUACAGGACCUGUUAUAGCAGUAUUUGGUAGAGAACCAGUAAAUGAUGCAGGAAAGUUUUAUGUUGAGGAAUAUUGUUUUCAAUAUUUACCAAAUCAAUUACCUAGACCAAUUAUAGAAAAUGAUAGGUAUGUAGUAUUUAUAUCAGGUAUUGAAAUAGGUGGUAAACAGGAGAAAUUAUUUCAACUACAGUUAUUUAUAGAUUUAGUGACGGGUCAACUAGGUGAUGAAGGUCAGCAGAAAGCUACAUCACAGGUAGUUAGAGUUAUUGUAGCUGGUAACUCACUUAGUCAAUCAACUCAAGAUAAAGAAAGUUUAAAUAAGGCAAAAUAUCUGACAAAGAAAACUAAAGCAGGAAGUGUUGAAGCUAUGAAAAGUUUAGAUGAUGUACUAGUACAAUUAGCUUCCUGUGUAGACGUUGAUAUCAUGGCUGGAGAAUUUGAUCCAUCUAAUCAUACCCUACCACAACAACAGUUACAUCGAUGUAUGUUUCCACAAGCCAAUUCCUAUCAAACACUACACAAUGUAACUAAUCCUUAUGAUUUCUCUGUCAAUGGUGUAAGGAUAUUAGGCAGUUCCGGUCAACCUAUAGAUGAUAUAUACAGAUACAGUGAUAUAGAUAAUAGACUGGAUAUGUUAGAGAAAACAUUAGAAUGGGGACAUAUAGCACCCACUGCUCCAGAUACUUUAGGUUGUUAUCCAUUUUAUGAAGAAGAUCCAUUUAUUUUAAGUGAAUGUCCACAUGUUUACUUUGCUGCUAAUCAGAAAGAUUUUGAAUCAAGAAUACACAAAGGUGCUGAUGGUCAAGAAGUAUUAUUAUUGACAGUACCCAAGUUUUGCGAUACAAGUACAUGUGUAUUAGUCAAUUUACGUAACUUGGAAUGUCAACCUAUCACUUUUGAUGGCAUUUUGUCAACUGAUAUGUCGGCUGAUCCAAGUCCUGAAGUCGACAAAUGAAAUUAAAAAAUUAUAAAAUCGAUAUGGGAAAAAAGUGAUAGAAGGAAAAAAGAAACGCUGUGAAUGAAGGGUUAUACUAACAAAGUGAAGAGCAUGGCCAUAUGAUGGGCAGCCGGUGUAUACACAUUGAAUAGUGAAUAGUUAUAGUGCUACAAGUGAAAUAAACCCAGCUUCGGAAAUAA